AAAAUAUUUAUCGAAUAAAAAAAAGAAUGCCUAUAUAUCCAACAGCACCACUUACAAGUUCUAUUCCAGCUCCAAUGAGUGUUGUUUAACCAGUAAGCUAUGCUCAACCUGUGACUUAUGCUCAACCAGUGUCAUAUGUUCCACAACCAGUUUAAUAUGUUACAUAACCCGUUGUUUAAUAACCAGUUGUUACUCAACCAAUUGUUACUUAAUCUGUUGUUGCUGCUCCAUAAUAAGCACCAAUUAAAGGAGAAUCAAGAGUUGAAUACAGAGAAUAUCAAAGACCUGUUGUUGAAAUGGAAACAGAAACAAUUUAAAUUUAAGUACCAAAAACUAAAUAUGUGACUGAUUAUUAUCCAGUUGAAUAUUAGACUGAAUAUAUUCCAAGAACAGUAUAUGAAUAAUAAACAGAAUAUGUACCAGUCACUAAAACAGUACCAAGAGUUGAGUAUGAUGCUGUUGAGAGAGAAGUAUAAAGAGUGGUAUAUCAAAUUAAAUAAUAUAUUAAAGUAAUAUCAACCUGUUUAGACAGUCCCUGUUUAGACAGUCCCUGUAUAAACUGUACCUGUAUAAACUGUACCUGUUUAACCUGUUGUUUAAUCUUUUGUUUAACCAGUUCAACCUGUUCAACCACUUACUUAUUCAGUUGCUAGACCAGUUGCUUAAGCUCCAGUUUAUACUUAACCAGUUGUUGCUCCUGCACUCACAUAUUCUGGUGUUAGACCAGCAUUUUCACCAGUAUUAGCUUUCUUAUAUAUAUUCUUUAGGUUUAUCCAACCUAUCAUCCUGUGGGUGCUAGACCUUAAUAAGCUUAAUAGCCAGUUCCAUCAAACAAACCAUAAUGAAUAUGAGAUAAUAAAUCAUUCAUAUAAUACAAAAAACAUUAAAUUUCAU